AUGAGCUCGGGAGUCGUAGAGUUGGCGCCUCGCCCUAGCGCGGCUGCUCAAACUGGCAUCAUCGUCGUCCGGGCCGGUCUUGACGAGAAGAAGUACGUGCUUCAUACGUCGCUUUUGAUCUACUACUCCGGUUUCUUCCACGGCGCCCUGUCCGGCAAGUUCAAAGAAACAGCCGAAGGCUGCGUCGCCCUUCCGCAUGUCGCUUCCGAGCCGUUCGACGUCUUCGUGGACUGGAUAUACUCCGAAAAGCUGCCGAGGAAGGAUAUGUGGAAACCCAACGACGCCGCCUACAUAUCAACAAUGUAUCACGCAUACGCUCUUGCGGACAUGCUGCUUGUGCUGGACAUGAAGGAGGCUAUCCUGGACGUCAUUUUCGAAGGACUGGAAACGCGCUACCCAAGAUAUGACCGUGUUAUCUACGCAUUCGAGAAUCUCGUCGAUGAGGACCCCUUGUUGCAGCUUCUGGUUGAUGCCCAGUGCAUCAAUAACGGAGUCGAGCGAAGACAGAAGGAGGGGAACAACGAGCUUCUAGAGCGACUUCCCCACAAGUUUCUCGUUCGGGUAAUGCGAAAGCUGAAUGAGCUGAGCUGGAUGGACGAUAAGCCGAAGAAGCUGGAACGCUGUUGGUAUGUGUCCAAGCAGCCGGAAGCUUGA